CCUCCCCUGUGCACAACCAAGCACACGCAUAAAAGACCCAGCAAAGAGGAAACAAAAUGGAGCUUGUGGUCCUAACUCAUCCACUCUUUCUCUCAUCCUUUUACUCGCCUCUCUUACUUGUGGCUUCCUCUCCUUCUUUCUUGCUUUUUUGCUCUUUUCACUCUCUUCACACAGAUAGUACUUGUAUGGAAGCAAGAGGGAAGCAAAAGAUGGGGAAGGGGGUGAAAAGGGAGGCAGAUAUGGAGUCUGAUGAUGAUGGGAGUGAGCUGCAAUUUGGUGGGUCUAUGGAAGAUGAUGAUAAGAAAAGGAAGAAUGUGGUCGUCCUUGGUGGCAGUGCUGCUGCUGCUGGGUCUGGGAGGAAGGGGUUAACUGGUGCUGGUGCUAUGAGGUGUUGUCAGGCAGAGAACUGUACGGCUGAUCUGAGUGAUGCAAAGCAGUAUCAUAGGAGGCAUAAAGUGUGUGAACAUCAUUCCAAGGCUCAGGUUGUGCUCGUGGCUGGAUUUAGGCAGCGCUUUUGUCAACAAUGUAGCAGAUUCCACGUGCUUUCUGAAUUUGAUGAAGCCAAAAGAAGUUGUCGCAGGCGUUUGGCUGGGCAUAAUGAGCGACGGAGGAAGAACUCCACUGAAUCUCAUGGGGAAGGCUCAGGCCGCAAAGGAACAGGCACCCAGUUGAAGGAUAUGAUCUGUGGGCAGGUUGAUGAUAGGGGAAGGAUUAAGUUGACUAUUCAAGAAACUUCCACGUACGAACAGUUUCAGAUCAGAUGAGAUCUAAUUGUUUGCUCUGCAGCAUAUAUGCUCUCUCUCUUCUGUCAUUGUAGGGAUGUAAUGCUAGUCAUAUUAUCAUUCUGUAUUAUAUAUGUACUGCAGAUCUGUAUAUAGGUCAAAUAGAAGAGGCAACAGCAGUUUGGCAUCCAUUUAUUGGUGCAAGAGUUGCUAGUCAUGGCUCUAGCUAUAUGCAAUAUAUGGCUUAACUACAUAACUCAUUUAUGCUGCUGGGUUAGAAUAUUGUUGCAUGUACUGCCUUGACCAUCAUCAUGCCCUUUAAUGUUAUAUAUUGUCAUUAUAGUUGAUUUUUUUUUUUAAUCAUGUGAAAAUGAACUUGUCUUGAAGAGAAUGGAGUCAUGGAUACAUUUUGCAUCUA